AUGCAUCUGCUUCUCUAUAUCCAACUUAAUCUAUGUUUGGUGUUGGUUGUCCACACGACUUGUCCUCCGCUGUGCACCUGUGUGUAUCACAACCGGAGCAAUGGGACAGAACUCAGGACCGUGCUGUGUAAGGACCCAGUCAUCACGACCAUCCCUGUUAAAAUCCCACCAGACACGGUCAAGUUUCGACUGGAACGCACUCCAGUCUCACGGGUGCCAAGAGGAGCUUUCUCUAACCUCCCAGAGCUCACAUACCUUUGGCUCACCUACAACUCCAUCUCCAGCCUCCACCCAAGGAGCUUUGCGAACCUCUCUGCCCUCCACGAGCUGCGUUUGGAUGGGAACCUCCUGUCUGUCUUCCCCUGGGCGGGAUUAAGGGACAUGCCUCGACUCAGAACGUUGGGUCUCCAUAACAACCGCCUGUCGCGAGUCCCGACACAAGCGGCGCGUUUCUUAGGCAACGUUACUUACCUGGACCUGUCGAGCAACAGACUGAGCACGCUGCCCAACGAACUGAUCACGCUUUGGCCCCUCGGCACACCUCGCAACCCCUCCCGACCCCAACGCUCUGUGGUGUUAGGUCUGCAAGAUAACCCCUGGGUUUGUGACUGCAGGCUCUCAGUCUUGUUGGAUGUCAUUAAAGGCCCACAGUCUUCUCUGGUUCUGCUGGACCGUUUUCUGACGUGCAGUGGUCCAACUGAGCUAGCUGGGAUUCUGUUCCAGAAUGUCGACCUUUCCCGUUGUCAGAGACCCACUGUGCUGACCUCUGUCACAAAGGUCACAACUUUACUGGGCAGAAAUGUCAUACUGCGCUGUUAUGCCACAGGUUUUCCAACUCCUGCCCUCAUCUGGAUUAAAUCAGCUGCACCCAAUGUAUAUAACACAGACCUUCAGGAGUCUCCCCGGGUGGGAACCCGCUGGUCUGUGAUCAGCCUGAAUGGAAUAUCGUACAGAGACGCAGGGGAAUAUCGCUGCCGGGCGGAGAACAUGGCCGGAGUGUCGGAGGCAUCCAUCAGCCUUAAUGUGGUUGGGGUGGUCGGUGGGGAUUCUGUCUCAAAAAGAUCAGACAAAAUCAAAACAACCACAAAAUUUCCCCCUUUGGAGAGAAGACUCAAUCAAGAAUUUAAAAUUAAUCCUAACAUGCUAGUUAAGAAUCUCACUGCCCUUCUGUCGUCGCCUAGAAGAGUCCUGACCAGACCCAAAGACGGCAGAGACAAGAUGAAGAGAGAUCAAACAGCAGGAUGGAACCUACAGCAAAGCUGA